CGCGAAGCUGCGGGCGGGACGGAGCACCGCGGGACGGGAGCUGCCCGCCGGCACCGCGCGGGGUGUCCAUUGGUGCUAAGCACAAGGCAUGCACCGAUAGAACCAACUGCAGAAGAACUUCCAUAAACAAGGCAACGCUGUUCAAAAAAAAAUGCCCCCUGUUGGUUCUUGCACUUCAGUUUAAUGAAGACACACCAGCUAUUAAACUCACUGCCUCAAGAUUUCCUUUGACAUUUUAAUUUGGACUGAAGUUUUGCUAUGUGUUGUCCAUUCAAUCGUACCAAAAAUCUGCAUGCUUCAGAACGGUUUGAAUCAAAAAAUAGAUGCCCCAGAUGAGGAAGUUUUCCACAGAUGCAUGAAUGCUGAUACUACUGUUUGGAACUGCAAGUCGAUGAGAUUUCACCUUUUGGAGCAUGGAUUCAAAUUCCAACACUGUGGUUGUGACUGGUUUUGGUCCCUUUAGACAAUACCUGGUUAAUUCUAGCUGGGAAGCCGUGAAGGAGCUGUCCAAGAGAGGCCUUGGAAAAAACAUCGAUCUUCGUAUCAUGCAGCUACCAGUGGUUUACCAAAAAGCAAAGGAACAAAUCUUCAGGAUAUGGACAACUCUUCAUCCAAUACUUGCUGUUCACGUUGGGCUGGCUUCAUCCACCAAAGCAAUCAUCAUCCUUGAGCAGUGUGGGAAGAACAAAGGCUAUGAAGAGAUGGAUGCUUGUGGUUUUCACCCAGAAGGUGGCUGUUGCAUGCUAGAUGGUCCGGAAAAGAUUGAAUCUACAAUUAACCUGAAGACUAUCUGGAAAAAUAUUUCAGUGGAAGGAAUUGAUAUCAUCUUUUCCAGAGAUGCGGGAAGGUACCUCUGUGAUUACACCUAUUACACUUCCCUGUAUUACGGCGCUGGAAGAGCAGCUUUCAUCCAUGUGCCUCCAUUAUCAAAGUCGGUAACAGCAGACUCUCUAGGAAAAGCAUUACAGACAAUUAUCUCAGAAAUGUUAAAACAGUGUGGGGAACAGAGAGAGUAAGAUGGAACAGAAGAAAAAAGGAGGUUUCUUAAAAUGGAAUUUCUUAUCUCUUAGAAGCAGCAAAUCUAAUGAUUAUUUAAAUCCCUUAAAGAUUUUGUUCCAAGUUAUUUUCACGGACAUCUCCUUACAAAAGCCAAACAACUGUUUCCAUCUCUGCUAUAAAAAUCUUGAGGGGAAGAAAAAAAAAAACCCACAAAAAGUGACAGUUUGUAACACUAAGAUUGCUUCAGAUUUAUGAAAGUGCAAAAAACAGGACUUAAAAAUGGUUACAGACUUCCUAAAAUCUUUUAAAAGCAUGCUUUUAAAAAAUCUAAUUAAAACAAAACAAAGCAAAGCGAAUGUCAAAAGAUGUUACUACAGAUUUGUUGAAUCAAGAUCCAUUCUUACGUCCAUAAGGACAUUCAGCACUGAUACCACAAAGUUCCCCAAGUCCCUGUUCAAGUGCAUGGACACGGGUUCAUCCAACACAAGCUGCCCAUAUAUAAACUUUAAAUAUGAGGGAAAAAUAAACCACAGGUAGAGAUCCUGUUAUUUUGAAGAUUUUUUUCAGUUUCUGUGUCUCUUUGAGACCUGCUGUACGUGCCGGCUUUCACAGACAAAGCAGCCUACAGAUCUGGGGUGAUUAAUACAAAAAAAGCUGGAACCUGGCAGACACUGUAAAGCUGUUUGAGUUUCAACUGGCUGAAAACACCCUUUCCCCAAAUUCUCAGCAUAUGUCCCAGAGGAAAACACUGCUGUCCUUCCACAAAGCACAGCACAAAGACAACAGCCUUGCAGUACAAUGGGUCUGUAUGCUAUUCAGGGAUUUGUACAUCAAAAUCAACAAGCCAACUUGUCCCAGGAAAGGCGAGCAGUGAAGCGCCGCGCAGUGGAAUGUCAUGGCACAUUAUCUUUCUUACAAAACAGGAACCAAAUGAGAUCCCAACUUAUAAAGCUUGGGAUCAGACACUGACAGAUCACUUCUGAGCUUCUCCCCUGCCAAGCCAGGCUCCUCGGUGUCUCAGACGUGGCUAUAUACGGAAGCACUGCUCUAUCAAGGCUGGGCAAGACAGAGGUUUACAGCGUGUCCUCUUUAGCUCACAGGGAAUGUCAAUGCACACAGUUUUGCUUGUACCAUGACAGACAAUUAUGACAUAAAACCAGCAAGUAGUUUUCAAAAACAAUCACCGGAACAGAAGAGCAGCAUCUUCAUGUGGACACCUGGGAUUUCUCUACGGGAAAAGAAAGCUCAUUGCUCUAGUGUUGUGUCAGUAAAAAGGACAAGAGACAAGGAUAACCUAAUGGCACAGACACCUGAACAAGCUCUGGGCCACCACUGUGCCUCAGUCAAGACUUUUAUGACAAGACUCAGAGAAAUUGUAAAUGCCAAGAUAAUGCUAGCUUUCUUGUCGCUAUUUUUCUAACAACAUUUGCAGAAAACUGAUAACUUUGUACUGGAUGGCUGAAUGCCUCAUGUAUGCAUUGCUGUAACAGCAAACGAAAGGAUUUCCUUCAAAUAAAUAAAGAAAAAGGCUUUCCUUAUUCAGAUGAAUCAAGUCCCGCUGACAAAUGGUCCAAAGGUUAGUGUCACUGGAUUACAAUACUUCUGACUUCAACACGGCAUGAUGGCAGCACUGACCUCUACGAAGAUCGUUUUCAGAGUUGCUCAACUAAAUGCAGCCAGAAGUGCCGAAGAAAAAGUCUUGAGUCUUCUGAGCUGCACUUGCUUUGCAAUGAAGAACAACAAAUUCAAAAGCAGACAAAUGCAUACAGAAUUCUUUUAUUUAACUUAAAUCAGGUAGUACUGAAACUACUAGAAAAAAGCAGAGUAAGAGAAACUAAUGGAGCCUUAGCUUCAGCCAUUCAAAAUAGACAAAGUUUCUUCUUUUCAUAAUGUAAAGAAUCCCGAGUAUAUCGCAAUAACAGGAAUAAAUUCUUACAACAGAA